UGUCUUUUUACAAGUUCCAAGUUUUUAAGAGGAGCUGCGCGCUGCUUGUUGGACUCACGAGGCAACGCGACGCGAGCUAGCAGCAGGUAGCCUAGCUAUCGAUAACUUAAACUACAACCAACCCAACUUCACUUCACUGGACGCUCGCGCACACUCACGCGCGUGCGUGUGCACAUAAAUACUUCAAAUGGGCCUUUGAAGAGCGAUGCGUUGAUCGAAAGGCAGUAAAGCAGAACGAUUUGUUUCAUGAGCUCCAAUAACAUGCUGCGGAGGGACUAAUGAGCAUGGCAGAGCCGCAGAGGAAAGGAGAGCUGCUGCCCGAGGACGUUGGCACGGACGACUGCCUGACUUCAUACACGCACAUCUACAGUCCAGAUUUACUAAAAGAUCAGGUGGCUUUCAUAACAGGUGGUGGAUCUGGCAUUGGCCUCAGGAUAGCUGAAAUCUUCAUGAGGCAUGGCUGCGACACAGUGAUUGCAAGCAGGAAUUUGGACAAGCUCAAAGAGGCGGCAAAAAAGCUGUCGGCCUCGUCGGGACGCCGCUGCCUGCCUCUGUGCCUGGAUGUGAGGCAGCCUCAGAGCAUCACAGCGGCUGUGGAUGAGACGCUGAGGGAGUUUGGACGCAUCGACAUCCUCAUUAACAAUGCUGCUGGAAACUUCCUGUGCCCGGCGGCCUCGCUCUCCUUCAAUGCCUUCAAGACCGUGAUGGAGAUAGACACCAUGGGUACAUUCAACACCAGCAAAGUGGUUUAUGAGAAGUGGUUCCAGGCUCACGGCGGGAACAUAGUCAACAUCUCGGCCACACUUGGAUACAGAGGACAGGGCCUACAGGUCCACGCUGGCUCCGCCAAGGCGGCUAAUGAUGCCAUGACCAAGCACCUGGCUGUGGAGUGGGGGCCCAGCGGGGUCAGAGUCAACAGUGUGGCUCCAGGUCCCGUCUCUGGCACAGAGGGCUUCCGCAGGCUGGGUGGUCCCAGGGGGGAGGCAGCCGGUGUGUUCCAGUCCAUUCCUCUGCAGCGAGCCGGCAACAAGACAGAGAUGGCGCACUGCACUCUGUUCUUGGCCAGCCGGGCCUCCUCCUACGUGACCGGAGCCGUCCUGGUGGCGGACGGCGGAUCGUGGCUGACCUCGGCCAAUGACGUCUCCAUGCUGCUGGGUAUAGCCUCCUCUCAAUCUGCUAAACUCUGAACGGGGGUGGGGGGGCUCUCUUGUCCUCCUCCUGACACAGGUUAUUGGUCAUCUGAAAAGAAAAUAGAAAAGUAAAUGCUGAAAAUAAGAGUAAUUUAAGCCAUCUGUAGAAGUGAUUGUGCUGCAUGUUCAC